UCUGAAUGUUAAGAAUUCAUUUUAUGCAACAAUAAAUUAUGAAUGUAAGUACAAAUGCUUUCUGAAAAUUUCUGUAUAAAUUAAUUUAAAAUCAUCGAAUUACUAUCAAAAGUUGUAGAAGCAAUUACUAAGCAGAUAAAUAUUUAAUGCAACAUCUUAGACAAAUAUUUGACUAUUUUUGGCAGCUGAAACCAAUUCGGCUCCCAUAUUGCAACAAUGAUUUGACUGCGAAAAUGGGCUGUUCAUGAUUGCUCCUGUUAUUAGCUGAAAAGAAUCCCUUCUUGUCCUGAAAAGACGGAAGAAACGUUGUUGUCAUCGUAAUGGAAGAAUAAAAAGUCGUUUUCUUGAGCCGUGCUGAUUCUUUUCCAGGCUCGUUAGAUUCCUCCGACUGCUAUUAGAUGUCGAAAAUAAAGGUGUCAUUGUCAGCUCCAAAGAUAAACUGACGUUGAUUAUAAAUUAGAUUACUGUCAGUUCUGAAUAUAAAUUAAAUAGUGUUGGUAUCAAAGGCAAACCGGGCCCAAAAGCUUCCAAGAAAAGGUGUCUUUAUGUUUUGAUAGAUGUCUUAAAUUGCCGUGUAUGGUUCCAGAGAUUCUUGAGUCCGACUUUUGGAUCCAGAAUCCAAAGUUAUCUUCCUGCAAUAUAUUCUGGAUUUUUAGACUCCAAAGCCACCUCCCACGGAUCCCUGUUCUAGCAGCAGUCUCAUCAGAUCUUCGUCCAUUGCGAGAAUCUUAAUUUGGCUUGAUUUGAGUUAUAGAUCAAUUGAGUUAAGUUCAAACUUGCACAGCUUAGGCAAGAACGUUUUCGAGAUUGAAUUUUUUAAAUCAAUCUACUGAAAAGAGGGUUUUUAAUUUAAACUGAAGGUGUUGUUUUGAACGGAAGGUUGUGAUUUUGAUAAUUUGAGAUUGAGAGUGUUUUGUUGGUCAACUGAAUCGACAGAUGUGAUUUUGAUAUAAUGAUCGAUUUUAAAAGACUGAUUGAAUCCAGAAUCAGAAAUUCCAAUGACCGAAUAGUGACGUUUUUGUUUGUCUAGAAGUUUGUCUCGAUUUGGUAAAUCGCAAAUCUUGAUAUGGUUGUUUUUUUCCUUAUAUUCAAAGUUGAUUAAACUUUAAGAGCUUUGUGACGUAGAAAGGCGUGAUAUUCAAUCAGAAUUCGACAGUGAUAUUCAAUCAGAAUUCAAUACUGUUUAAUUACUAGAUUUGGUGGUCAUUUAAGUGACGUACUUAACUGUUUCAGCGAUUAUAGUUCAUUAUUUAAUGUCUAUUACCAGUGGUUUGACACAGAUAAAUAGUUUCUACCAAAAACACUAGUGAACAAAAGAGUUUUGGUUUCAUGGGAUAUGGUUACUUGUGCCUGUCUGCUUUACUGAGUACUUCUAUCAUUAAAUAUGAACGCGAUCUCUUUCAACAAGAUUCUAAACGUCGUCGCCAAGGUCAAUCCUUUUCUGGUUCGUAGUGUUUCAAAUGUACCGAAGACUGUUCGUGGAAAUAUUAGCGAUCAACAAAAUGCUGACGAGACUUUGAGCAAUAGAGUAUUCUCGUUAAGCAAAGAGAACCAAUCGGUGAUGAAGGACAAGUUCGGCAGAGUUCAUGACUACUUGCGGAUAUCCCUCACCGAGAAGUGCAACCUCAGAUGUCAGUACUGCAUGCCGUCGGAAGGCGUAACCUUGACCCCCAAGGUAGACCUCCUGACCCCGGAUGAGAUUAUAAUGCUGGCCAGGUUGUUCGUGUGCAAACUGGGCGUGACCAAAAUCAGACUGACGGGAGGCGAACCACUUCUGCAGCCUGAGCUGAACAAAAUCAUCGGUGGACUGAAUGACCUUCGUGCUAGUGGCUUGCAGAGUAUAGGCAUGACUAGUAAUGGCAUCUCUCUCAAACCCAGACUGGCUCAGUUGCAACAGAGUGGACUGGACAGGUUAAAUAUAAGUCUGGACACUCUGCGUGAGGAGAAGUACUCUUUCAUCACCAGACGGAAAGGAAUCAAAAUGGUCUGGAGUUCAAUUCACGAGGCCAUCAGGCUAAAGAUGUUCCCACUCAAGAUCAACUGUGUAGUGAUGCGUGGCUUGAAUGAUGAGGAAGUGGUGGACUUUGUUGAACUCACUCGCUACUACCCUGUCGAUGUCCGAUUCAUAGAGUACAUGCCCUUCUCAGGCAAUAAGUGGAAGUAUGGUAAACUGGUGCCGAUGGCAGAAAGUCUGGAUACCAUUCAGGCUCAUUUCAGAAAUGUGUCCAGAGUAGAGAACCACGCGACCGAUACCGCUAAAUCGUACAAAGUGGACGGGUUCUGCGGUUCAUUUGGGUUCAUUUCAUCUAUGACUAAUCACUUCUGCGGUGGUUGCAACAGACUCAGACUCACUGCAGACGGACACCUCAAGGUCUGCCUUUUCGAUACAAACGAAGUGUCCAUUCGUGACGUCAUUAGAAAUACGCAACUAAGGGGUCAAAUCUCACGAUCAAAAGAAAUCGAGAAGACAAUAUCACGAGAUUUGGAGAGUAGUGUCGGGCUAAAGGACGGGUUGAUUGAAAAGAAGGUGGAAGAGGUGGUGACGGAAGCUCUAGGGAAGAAAUUCUUCAGUCAUGGAGGACGAACUGAAGAAAUAGCGCAAGGAAAACUGGCUCAGGGAAACCGCUCCAUGAUUUUGAUAGGAGGAUGAUGUAUCCAAUCGUUAGAUAGCUGAUUUGCCAAUAAAAAAACUCUAUAAACUAGUUUUACUAUUCUAUUAACGAGUUUUUGUUUCAAGUUUUCAUCUUUAUCAGGUGGAACACGCAACUCAGUUAAGUGCGCUUCCUCGAAAGGCUAAUUUUCGAAAAGGAAUUCUUAAAGUA